UCUCUACCAACGCUCUCUCUGUUUCUCGUUUUGCGCUACUUCAAAGCUUGCUUAACCUGCGCACUUUCAACUGCUAACCUGCGCACUAUACCUGCCUGAGUGAUGAAGCCGCCAUUUCAGUUCGUAAUAAGAAUAUCAUCAAGAUACAGGAUGUAACAGUGAUCCAACGGUAGAGAUUCGCUAAUAAUGGAAGGUCAGAAAAGCCAAGCGAAGCUUACGAGGACUCAUUCUUCACUUCUCCGAUCAUCUCCGAUGCUCCGGUCGUCUAGCUAUAGUGUAUCUUCUAUUAACGAAUUGGUAGAUGAUCAUGAACCGGACAUUGAAGAACAGAAGCCCCACAGAACCGGCGCAACUCUGGUUCGAUCGGCUUCGUUCCGUUUCUGUGCCGGUACGGGCAGGGUAGCUCCUGUUAUAGCGGUUUUCUUGCUCUCUGUUUACGUUCUGUUCUAUUUCUUCAACAGGGGUGACAGAUCCAUAUCGGAGAAUCUGCUUCUAGUACUGAUUUUCUUUGCGAUUUUGCUUUACUUCGCCGGAAAGAACAAGAGUACAAUUCAUCAGGGUUAUAAUGGGUUGAAGAUGACGUGUAAUGGGUAUGGAAGGAAACUUGGUUUAGUGUCCAAUAAGCACGUUAAAGUGCAAUGGUUCAUUGGGGAGCGGAAAUUAGAUGUGAAAGAGGAGAAGGGGAAAGUGAGAGAAGGAGUAGAGGUUUACAGCAACGGGGACGUGUAUGAAGGGGAGUUUCACAAGGGGUGGUGUAAUGGUAGUGGGGUCUACACUUACUCUGUGAACAGUAGAUAUGAAGGUGACUGGAUUGACGGGAGGUACGAUGGGUAUGGGGUAGAGAGCUGGGCUAGAGGUAGCAAAUAUAGAGGGCAGUAUAGACAAGGACUGAGGCAUGGCUAUGGAGUUUACAAAUUCUUCAAUGGAGAUAUCUAUGGUGGGGAAUGGUGUAAUGGACAGAGUCACGGAAUUGGGUUCCAGAGCUGCUCCGAUGGCAGCUCUUACAUCGGUGAAUUCAAAUGCGGCGUAAAACACGGUCUCGGCUCUUACCAUUUCAGGAAUGGGGAUCGAUACGCUGGGGAAUAUUUCGGUGACAAGAUUCAUGGUUUUGGUGUGUAUCAUUUUGCCAACGGGCAUUGCUAUGAAGGGUCAUGGCAUGAAGGUCGUAAGCAAGGUUACGGAAUGUACAAAUUUAGAAAUGGUGACGCAAGGUGUGGUGAAUGGGCCUCUGGCAAUCUCAAUACUCCAUUGCCCCCACUUACUGAUGUCGUCCUUCGAGUUGUUCAGGCUAGUAGAAAGGCAGCAGAGAAUGCAAUUAACAUACGUAGGGUUGAUGAUCAAGUGAACAGGGCAGUGAUAGCAGCAAACAGAGCUGCUACUGCAGCCCGAGUUGCUGCUAUCAAAGCUGUUCAAAACAGGAUGCAUAGAAAAAUUUGUGACACUAACAAUUGAAGUUUGAUAAAUGUAAAUUUAGUACUACUAUUGGUAUGCAAAGUAUUGAAUGAAUAUUCCAAAGCCACCCUGGCUGGCAAAAUGCCUGCUAGAGGUUGAGUUUAAUGCUGUAACUUUUAGUUGACAAACAAUUAUAACUUGUAUAUACACUCUUUCAAUCGCACAUGUAUAUAGAAGAUAAGUGUU